AUGUUGGCAAAAUUAGAUACAAUUUUAAAAUUUGGCUACAUGUUAAUAAUUAUCAGUAUUUUAUUAAUGAUAUGGGUCUCAAGAAUUGAAACGCUGGACAUAGAUCGAAUCUCAUCAUCACACCAAGAUCAUCCACCAUGUUAUUUUAAUCCACAAUGUACAUGCUCAAAAGCGUUACCAUCUGAUUUGGGAAUCGUUCAAUGUAAAAAUGUAGCAUUACCAAAUAUACCGAAAGCUUUAAAUAUGUCAAAAGUGUUUAUGCUACAAUUAACUAAUAAUGAUUUAAAAUGGUUUGAACCAUAUUUCUUACAUGGAACUGGUUUAUAUCGAUUGGAAGUUAGUCAUAAUCCGUUGGGAGAUAUUUCAGCAGGUGCUUUUACAGGAUUAGAACGAUAUUUAUGGGAGCUACGAUUAACACAUAAUCAAUUGAUUGAAGUUCCAACAAAAUCAUUUAGAUUUUUACAAAAAUUACGUCUUUUAGACUUAUCAGGUAAUGAUAUAUCGAGUUUGGAACCAGAAGAUUGGCGUGGUUUGGAAAGUUCAUUGCAAAUUUUAAUUAUCGCUGAUAAUUCAAUAUCAAAAUUAUCAGCAGAUACAUUUAGUGGUUUACCACUAUUAGAAACACUGGAUUUACGUGGUAAUAAUAUUAAAUCAGUUGAUCCAAAUGUUUUUCGUGAUGGCCUAGCACAUUUAUCAAAAGUUUUAUUGGGUGAUAAUCAAUUAAUUGAAAUACCAUAUUUGGCUCUUGCGCCCUUACGAUUAUUACGUUAUUUAGAUUUAAGCAAAAAUUUAAUCACUGAUAUGGUACGCAUAAUUGAAAAUGAAUCAGAUGAAGAGGAUAAUCAGCCACCUUUGCAACCAUCAACGCCUUUAUCUUUGGAUACUUUACGGUUAGAUUACAAUCAAAUUACAACAUUAUAUCCGGGAUCGUUUCAAUACUUCAAUGUAUUGAAUAAUACGUAUUUGAGUGGGAAUCCUAUCAGUAUUCUGGAGAAUUCAGCCUUUCGUAAUGCAAAAAUACGUGAUUUAUAUUUACGAGAUUGUAGAUUAACGACUGUUAAUCCAGAAGCAUUUGAUGGCUUAGAAGGGUCCUUACAAACUUUAGAUUUAUCUGGUAACAAUAUUACAAGUGUUACAGUAUCCGGUGGGGUAUUAUCUAGUGAUUCAUCAAACACUAACAAUAAUCCAGAAAUGUUGUUUACAAGAUUUCAAGCAUUACAAACGCUUUCGUUAAAAGAUAAUUUAAUCCAAAAAUUGAAUCCAGUUGAGUUAUUUAAUGGAUUCCAAUAUACACUAUUACACUUGGAUUUGAGUGGUAAAGAUAAUUCUCAAAUUUCUUUGCAAGAACUGCGAAGGUUACGUAUUCUACGUAGUUUAAAAUUAUCUCGACUAAUGCAAACUCAAUUAGGACCCGAAGAUUUUCUCGAAUUUAGUGUGAAUUUAGAUGAAUUGUAUAUUACUGAUAGUAAUUUAAAAACAAUUAAAAAUCAUGCGUUUAUGCACAUUCGAGGAUUAAAAUUAUUGGAUUUAUCGGAAAAUAAAAUUGACAACUUAGAGCCGGAUUGUUUUUCUGAAAUUGGACAUUCGUUGGUAUCAUUAAAUCUAGGGCAUGGUCUAUCAAGUAAUGUUAAGGAAGUACCAUCAAAAGCCUUUGAGGAUUUGACUAAUCUACAGUAUUUAAAUAUUGCAAAUAAUUAUUUUAAUAAAUUAUCCGAUACAUCAUUUUACUUUCUUAGAAAUAUUAAAGAAAUACAUUUGGAAGAUAAUAAGAUUCCUGAGAUACAUAAAGGAACAUUUCAGGGUGAUAUUCAUAAUGGAUUAGAAGAAAUCUAUUUAUCAUUUAACAAUAUCGAAUUAAUUGAGCAACAUACGUUCGUUGAUCUACUCUCAUUACAAUAUUUAUAUUUAGAUGAUAAUAAAAUUAAAAAGAUUAAUCGACGUGCGUUCAUGAAUUUGGAUCGAUUAAAAUAUUUAACAUUACGUGGUAAUAAAUUAGCACAGAUCAAUGAUGAAUCAUUUCAAAAUUUACCAGAAUUAGAAUACUUAGAUUUGGCGUACAAUUCUUUGCCAUCAUUUAAUUUUGAUUGUUUUGAUCAAGUUGGACAAUUAUCAUCUGCAUUUAAAGUCAAUAUUAGUCAUAAUUUAAUUAAUCAAUUACGUACAAACUUUUCAAUAUAUUCAAAUACUCCAGUUAUACAUUCCAAUAUAAAAAUAUUAGAUGUAUCGUAUAAUAAUAUAACACAUAUAAGUCGUGGAUAUUUUCGACCAGUUGAAUUAUCAUUAACACAUUUAUAUUUAUCAAAUAAUCAAAUCCAAAACAUAACACGAGAUGUAUUUAAUAAUAUACCACAUUUACAAUCAUUAGAUUUAUCAGACAAUGUUAUUCAAAGUGUUGAUUAUGAUGCAUUUAAAAAUACUAAGAGUAUACAGAUUUUGUCAAUGUCCAAUAAUCAAUUGGAGAAUCUACAUGUGGAUACAUUUCAUACAAUGCACGAAUUACGUGUAUUAGAUUUAUCAAACAACAAAUUUCGCUCCUUACCUGAUCAAUUAAUUCCAUCAGAUAAUAUUGAAAUAUCAUUGUUGUGGUUAGAUUUAUCAAACAAUCAACUAUUACGUAUCGACGAUGGAGCAUUUUCACAAUUAUCAAGAUUAAUUCACUUAGAUCUAUCAAAUAAUCAAAAUUUAGAUAUCUUAGAUGGAGGAUACAGUUUUCGUGGUUUAGAACACACAUUAUUAGAACUCAAAUUAAAUAAUGUAUCCUUAACAACUAUACCCGACUUACCAUUUUAUCAUUUACGUUUAUUAUCAAUAUCAGGCAAUGAAUUACCAACGGUACCCACUGAUAUAUCGCAAAAUAUCACAAAAACAUUACGAUAUUUGGAUUUAUCUUCAAAUGAUUUAACAGCAAUACCAUUAAUUAUACAUUCGUUAACAAUAUUGCGUUAUUUAUCGUUGGCAAAUAAUCCAAUCACAACAAUAACAAAUGCAACAUUUAAUUCAAUCCAAAUUAAUAAUACAUUAGAAGAAUUAGAUUUGAGGCAAUUAGCUUUAAGUACAUUUGAAUCAGGUGCAUUAAGUAAUUUUGAUUCGUUGCGUACAUUGCACUUAAGUGUGCAAAAGAAAUUAUUAAAUUUUAAUAUACCAAAAAAAUCGUUACAGGUGGAUGAUGAAACAAAUUUAUCAAAUGAAAUGUCUGGAAAAUUACCAAAUAAAUUGCAAAAUAUUACAUUCAGCGGUUAUAAUUUAAGAUAUUUAGAUGAAAAUAUAAAUUUAAUUGAUGUUCGCAAUAUAACAAUAUGGAUUGAGAAUAAUGGUACAAUUACGCAUAUUGAUAAUCCGAGCACCGGUGAUAAACCGAAUUUAUCACGUAAUACAUUUUUAACUUCAUUACAUAUAUCUGGCAAAGGUUUUAAAUGUGAUUGUCAAUUAGGAUGGAUAGAAGUAUGGGAACGUAAAAAACGACAAUAUUUAUGUGGUAACAAUAACAUAUUAACAACAACAUCAUAUGUAACAACAAAAGAUAACAAAGAUAAUAAUAUUGAUUGUCGUUUGGUAUCAGAUGAAUUGAGAAAUACAAUAUGUAUAAAUGAUAAAAAUAACAAUAGUAUAAUUGAUGUAUUUAAAUCAGAGAUUGAAUGCGGAUGGGGAUCAUAUGGACAUACAAAUCAAGAUCAUACAGCGUUUACAGCACCGAUAUUAAUUGCUUUUAUCACAUUAUUACGAAUAUUUUAAUUUAAUUAAGUAAU